GUAACUGAAGGAUCUAUUUCCUGGAAUGAAUCAACAAGUGAAACAAAUAACUCCAUGGUGACUGAAUUCAUUUUUCUGGGUCUCUCUGAUUCUCGGGAACUCCAGAUUUUCCUAUUUGUGUUGUUUUUUGUAUUCUAUGGAGGAAUCGUGUUUGGAAACCUUCUUAUUGUCAUAACAGUGGUUUCUGACUCCCACCUUCACUCUCCCAUGUACUUCCUGCUAGCCAAUCUUUCACUCAUUGAUCUGUCGUUGUCUUCUGUCACAGCCCCCAGGAUGAUUACCGAUUUUUUCAGUGAGUGCAAAGUCAUCUCUUUCAAAGGCUGCCUUGUUCAGAUAUUUCUUGUUCACUUCUUUGGUGGGAGUGAGUUGGUGAUCCUUAUAGCCAUGGCCUUUGACAGAUAUGUAGCAAUAUGCAAACCUCUAUACUAUACCACAAUUAUGUCUGGCAACACAUGUGUCGGUAUUGUGGCUGUUGCAUGGGGAAUUGGCUUUCUCCAUUCAGUGAGCCAGCUGGCCUUUGCAGUGCACUUACCCUUCUGUGGUCCCAAUGAGGUCGAUAGUUUUUAUUGUGACCUUCCUAGGAUAAUCAAACUUGCCUGUACAGAUACCUACAGGCUAGAUAUUAUGGUCAUUGCUAACAGUGGUGUGCUCACUGUGUGUUCUUUUGUUCUUCUGAUCAUCUCAUACACUAUCAUCCUAAUGACCAUCCAGCGCCGCCCUUCAGAUAUGUCAUCCAAGGCUCUGUCCACUUUGACUGCUCACAUCACAGUAGUUCUUUUGUUCUUUGGACCAUGUAUCUUUAUUUAUGCCUGGCCACUCCCCAACAAGUCAUUAGAUAAAUUCCUUGCUGUAUUUUGUUCUGUGAUCACCCCUCUCUUGAACCCAAUUAUAUACACACUGAGGAACAAAGACAUGAAGACUGCAAUAAGACGGCUGAGAAAAUGGGAUGUACAUUCUAGUAUAAAGUCUUAGAUUUUACAUAACUGUGAGAUUCAUCUCAGAUGACAUAAAAUGUAGUGAAGUUGGUAAGUUAGUAAAGCUGAUGAAAACUGUGCCUUCUAUUCCCUAUUAGUACUUAAUAAUUUAAUAAUAGCCUAGGAACUUUCACAUACAUUGCCUCAAUUUAUCUUUCAACAACUUGAGUGUUAUAUUUUAGAAUACACAUGUAAAGUUAUUAUGCUUUCAAAUAUUUUUUUACUAAUUUUUAGAAAAAAGAAAGGCACAAACAUAUUACAAUUUGUAUACACCUGUUCCUUCCUGUAUAAGCCUAAGUUUAGUACAACAAAGGAGAGUAAAUAGCCUUAGCUUAUAAACGUUUUAAAAUUUUUAUUUGGCUCAUUUGUGAAAAACAUAAAAAAGAACUGCCACAUGCUUAAUUUUUAAAAAUAUGCUUAGUGAUAAGGAGAUAUAUGUCAACUUUUAAGAGGUUUGAAAAAAAUGCCUCCCAUUAUAAGAGUUUAUACUUCACCUCCCACCACUAUAACAACCCCAAUUCAUGAGGGCAUUAUCAGGCGUAGUAGGAAGAGCAAAUUUGCCAAUGUAAAAUGUGUCUUUUAGGCACUUGACAUCUGUGGUAUAUGAAAACUGCUCAUAAGCAGCAGAACGAGUUUAGAGGAAUCCAGUCUCUCAUCAUGUUGGCACAAAGUGUCUUACUAGUAUCCAUCUAUGUCAUUUUUCCAGGGUUAACUUUUAAAAACACAGAUUUUAAAGUAACAACAAAAAAAGCUGGGUUCAACUCUACUGACUCUUAUUAAUCAUGAUUUUGGACACAUUACUUAGCUUUCAUAAACUUUCAUUUCUACAUUUAUAAAUAGGUGGUAAUACAAAUUAUGCAUGGUUUCCAGAUUCAUCCAUGUCCCUACAAAGGACACAAACUCAUCAUUUUUUAUGGCUGCAUAGCAUUCCAUGGUGUACAUGUGCCAAAUUUUCUUUUUCAGUAUAUUGUAGAUGGGAAUUAGGUUUGGUUCCAGGUCUUUGCUACUGUACAAAGUGCUGCUAUGAAUAGUCUAUUUUUUACAGUUGUAGGAAAAAACUUUUAUUUCUUAUUUGUAAAAUUUACUCACUCCUUAUUCAUAAUUCAUUUAACUAGUAAGUACACUAAUGUGUACAAUGCACGGGAGGAACGAAUAUAUUCAAAAUUUCUCUUGAAAUUUGACCAGAAGUCAUGUGCACCCCUACCCUGGGAAACAAGCAGGUAGAAAAGUUUUGAAUCUAUACAGUAAAGUAUGUUACUGUAAUAUAUAUAACAUCUCUCUUAUAUAUAGAUAGAUAUCUAAUAUAACAAAGUACAUUACUGUAAUAUAUAUAACAUCUAAUAUAUAUAUCUCAUAUAUAACAAAGUAUGUUACAGUAAUAUAUAUAACCUGUCUCUCUUUCUCUCUCUCUCUCUCUCUCUCUCACUACAUAGCUUUCAUAAAGCUUAUGAAAGCUAAGUAAUAGUGGGAAGUGUCAAAUCACCAUUAAUUUCCUUCUCUCUCUCUCUUGCUCUCGCUCUCACUAUUACUCACUUUCAUAAGCUUUAUGAAAGCUAUAUAGUGAGAGCAAGAGCGAGAGAGAAAGAGAGAGAGAAAGAAAUGAAUGAUUUGACACUUCCCAUCUGAUAGUUUUUUAAAUCUCUAUUUAAAUUAACAGUAGUGAAAGGGAAAAUAUAAUUAGAACAAAUUAUAUAAAAUAUUUGCAAAAUGCUUAUCUGAAUUAGUCUUGGUCUUAGAAAUAAAACAAAGAGAUUGUUACUUUUACAUCUGUUCCUAAUUGAUAAGCCAUUCAGUUAUAGCACACCUUAGCUUCUGGCCUACAGUAACCAUGUUCAGGUUUUUUUCUUUUUUCAAAUUUUAUUAUAGGUUCAGAAAAUACAUGUGCAGGUUUGAGACAAAGAUAUAUUGCAUAAUACUAAGGUUUAGAGUACAAAUGAUUCCACCUCCCAGGUAGCAAGCAUAAUAGCCAAAAGGUAGUUUUUUAGCUUUUUCCCCUCUUCCUCCAUCUGGUAGUCUAUGGUGUCUAUUGUUCUCAUCUUUAUGUCCAUGUGUACUUGGUGUUUAGCUCCCCCUUUUAGGUGAGAAAAUGCAGUAUUUGGUUUUCUGUUUCAGUGUUAAUUCACUUGGGAUAAUGGCCUCCAGCUGCAUUCAUGCUUCUGCAAAGGUUAUGAUUUUCUUCUUACUGGCUGCACAUAUUUUGUGGUGUAUAUGUACCACAUAUUUUUUUUUAUCCAGCCCAAAGUUGAUGGGCUCCCAGGUAGGUGAAUUCCAUGUAUUUGCGAUUGUGAAUAGCAUUGUGAAGAUCACAUGAGUGCAUGUGUCUUUUUGGUAAAAGAAAAGAAAAGAAAAGAAAACAAAACUCUUAUUUUCUUUUGGGUAUAUAUGCAGUAAUGGAAUUGCUGGGUUGAGUGGUAGUUCAACUCUUAGUUCUUUGAAAAAUCUCCGUACUGCUUUCAACAGUGGCUGGACUAAGUUAUAUUCCCACCAGCAGUGUAGAAGUGUUCCCCAUUCCCUGUAGUCUCACCAGCAUCUGUUAAACAAUCUUUAAAUAUAUGAAAAAAUGUUCAAGUCUCUCAGAUUAAGAUACAUGCAAAGAAAAAUCAUGUUUAAAUAUCAGUUCUCACCUGUAAAAUAUCAAAUAUCUGACCUCAGUAUUUGAUAAUACAACCUGUUGGUGAAGCUGUAGAGAGAGAAGCACUCUUAAGCACUGUUGGUGAGAAUAUAAAAUGGUACAACCUUUUUUCAAUAUCUAAAACAAUUUAACAUGUUACUGACUUUUGGUCUAGCAGACCUACUUCUAUCCUAAAGAUAUAUUGACAAAAAUAUAAAAUAAUUAAUGUACAAGUCUAUUCAAUGAAGCAUUGUUUUUAAUAGUAAAGAAUGAAAAAAAGGCCAGGCGCAGUAGCUCAUGCCCGAAUCCAGCACUUUGGGAGUGCAUUUGUGGAGGCUGGAUCUCCACAAAUACAAAAAUUAGCCAGGCAUGGUGGUGCACACUUGCAUUUCAAGCUACUUGAGAGGCUGAGGCAGGAGGAUCACUUGAACCUGGGAGUCAGAGGUCUCAGUGAGCUCAGAUCAUGCCUCUGCACUCCAGUCAAGGCAACAGAGCAAGACUCCAUCUGAAAAAACAAAACAAAACAAAACAAAAUAAUAACUAAACUAACCUCCUCUUUAACAAAGAUUAUAAAAGGUCUCUUAGCACAGACACCACCCCUAGAACUUCCAGUACACCAGCACCAGCUUGGAGACUGUGUCCCCAUCGAAGGAUAGAAAGAAGAAAAAACUCAAGCUGGCUUAGGAAAGAUCCUACAAAACCUGCAUCCUGGAUGAUGCAGCUUCCAUGGACAAAACAGGCCCCAGACAUCAUCUUGGAGAUGCUGAAGAAGACAAUGCAGAAGGCUGAAUGAAUCCUGCUUCAGACACGAAUACCAUUUACUCUUCUAAAUCAGCCCUUUUUUUCUGUCCUGUUACUUAGACAAACACCUUCUUCCCAGUUUCUAACAAUGCAACUUCUUGGCUAAAAGGAAUUAACAUACCUCCAGUGGAAUUCCUCAUUGAUGGCAGACAGUGAGCUGAGAUGCCAUGUAGCACUAUAGGUCACUCUUUGACUAGAAAAGAAUGUUGCUAAUUAUACUCAUAAUUGUCUUAUUUACUAAUUCUAGCAUGCAAAGCCAGAAUAAGAGCAAUGACCCCCUCACCUGACAAAACUACUGCUGCAUACAUCUGUAAUCUUCAAUCAGCAGCAUCUGAUGCAGAAAACAAAAACGGGGAAUGUGGGAUAUCAGGCAAAUGGUUGGAAAGAUUGUAAAAUUAUAAUUGGUCACAAACUUUGGAAGGUCGAGAGGUUUGCACAGUUUCAGUAGAAGUUUCUGCUGAAGGCAGCCGAAUCCCUUUUACCUUCAAUUGAUAAAGAAGGGCAAAUAACUAGGGAAUGUAGGGGAGUUUAUCUGAAUUACUUGCUUACUCAUUUGGUCCUAAAACUAACCAUUAAUCUUUCAUGGACCAAAUGGGAUUCUCAGGGCGAGGGCAACCAGAUUUAUCACUCAUAAAUGAUGUUUGCUUUAGGCCUUGGCACUUGGUUUUUAAUCGCUAUCCAUAAGUGUGUUGAAUCAGAACCUCUGUUAUUAAAUCUAUGUUGAAUAAAUAUCCCGAGUGCCAGCUGGUCAGGGCCAUGGCUGCUAUCUUUCGUAGGAAGGUCUGUGAGUGGACAUGGGCACCCCUAGACUGCUCUUUACUGUAUUUUGUGUCUGAGUGAAUUUGUUUAUCUGUUGCUGGGUCAGGGUCUGCAGUUCAGACACUGACAGUGAAAGACUUCAACACUCCACUCUCAGCAUU